GUGCCAGCGGCGCUUGCGCGAGGGUGGGCCGGCCCCGCCGUAGAGAGCGGCGUUCUUUUCCCAUCGCCGCUUUUUCUCCGCAGGAAAUCGAUCCCCUUCUCCGCCAAGAUGCCGCGGAUUAUGAUUAAAGGCGGUGUGUGGCGGAACACCGAGGAUGAAAUUCUGAAAGCAGCUGUGAUGAAAUAUGGCAAAAACCAGUGGUCUCGUAUUGCUUCCUUACUGCAUCGGAAAUCAGCAAAGCAGUGCAAAGCCAGAUGGUACGAAUGGUUAGAUCCAAGCAUCAAAAAGACAGAGUGGUCACGAGAAGAAGAAGAGAAGCUGUUGCACCUGGCCAAGCUAAUGCCAACCCAGUGGAGAACCAUCGCCCCGAUUAUUGGGAGAACAGCCGCACAGUGUUUGGAGCACUAUGAGUUUCUUCUGGACAAAGCUGCUCAGAGAGACAAUGAGGAAGAAACUGCUGAUGAUCCUCGGAAACUUAAACCUGGUGAAAUUGAUCCAAAUCCAGAAACCAAACCAGCCAGGCCAGAUCCUAUUGAUAUGGAUGAAGAUGAACUUGAAAUGCUGUCUGAAGCUAGAGCUCGUCUGGCUAAUACACAGGGAAAAAAGGCUAAAAGAAAAGCAAGAGAGAAGCAGCUGGAAGAAGCUAGACGGCUUGCUGCCCUCCAGAAAAGACGAGAACUUCGAGCUGCUGGGAUUGAGAUACAGAAAAAAAGGAAAAAGAAAAGAGGUGUGGAUUACAAUGCAGAAAUCCCGUUUGAAAAGAAGCCUGCGCCUGGUUUUUAUGAUACAUCAGAGGAAAACUACCAGAUUCUGGAUGCAGAUUUCAGAAAGCUACGUCAGCAGGACCUGGAUGGAGAAUUAAGAUCCGAAAGGGAGGGGAGAGAGCGCAAAAAGGACAAACAACACAUGAAACGAAAGAAAGAAUCAGACUUGCCUUCAGCUAUUCUGCAGACCAGCGGGGUGUCAGAGUUUACAAAAAAAAGAAGUAAACUAGUGCUUCCAGCACCUCAGAUAUCUGAUAUAGAGCUUGAAGAAGUUGUUAAAGUAGGCCAGGCAAGUGAGAUUGCACGCCAGACUGCUGAGGAAUCUGGAAUUACAAACUCAGCCUCCAGCACUCUUCUGUCUGAAUAUAGUGUGACCAACAACAGCAUAGCUCUGAGGACUCCCAAAACUCCAGCAGCGCAAGACAGGAUCCUGCAGGAAGCACAGAAUCUUAUGGCUCUCACAAAUGUGGAUACGCCGUUGAAAGGAGGUCUUAACACCCCCCUGCAUGAAAGUGACUUCUCAGGGGUAACCCCGCAGAGGCAGGUUGUUCAGACUCCAAAUACUGUGCUUUCAACACCAUUCAGAACACCUUCCCAAGGACAAGAAGGCUUAACUCCUCGUGGAGGGCUGACUCCUAAACCAGUGGCUGGUACAACUCCUGGUAGAACUCCGCUGCGUGAUAAAUUGAACAUCAACCCAGAAGAGGGCAUGGCAGAUUACAGUGACCCAUCUUAUGCAAAGCAGAUGGAGAGGGAGUCUCGUGAACACCUUCGCCUGGGGCUCAUGGCCCUUCCUGCUCCAAAGAAUGACUUUGAGAUCGUUCUACCCGAAAAUGCAGAGAAAGAACUUGAGGAACCUGAAGUAGAUGAAGCCUUUGUAGAAGAUACUGCUGAUAUAGAAGCCCGCAAGCAGGCUCUCCGAGAUGCAGAGAGAGCCAAGGAGCUGAAGAGAAUGCACAAAGCUGUUCAGAAAAAUCUACCAAGACCCUCAGAAGUUAAUGAAACAGUAUUGAGACCCGUGAAUGUAGAGCCACCUCUAACAGAUUUGCAGAGAAGUGAAGAGCUAAUAAAGAAAGAGAUGAUUACAAUGCUUCAUUUUGACCUUUUACACCACCCGUUUGGAGAACAGCCUGCUGGUAAGAAGGGGAAAGGCCCAGGAUUUGGAACCAACAAUGCAGAACAUAUGGCUUACUUGGAACAAAACCCUUAUGAGAAGUUCUCCAAAGAGGAUCUCAAGAAGGCACAGGAUCUACUGGCACAAGAAAUGGAAGUGGUGAAGCAAGGAAUGGGGCAUGGCGAGCUCUCAAGUGAGGCUUAUAACCAGGUGUGGGAAGAAUGUUACAGCCAAGUGUUAUAUCUGCCUGGACAGAGUCGCUACACAAGAGCUAACUUGGCCAGCAAAAAAGACAGGAUAGAGUCACUUGAAAAGAGGCUUGAGAUAAACAGAGGUCAUAUGACAACUGAAGCAAAGAGGGCUGCCAAGAUGGAAAAGAAGCUGAAGAUUUUGCUUGGUGGUUAUCAGUCUCGAGCAAUGGGCCUCAUCAAACAGCUGAAUGACUUGUGGGACCAAAUAGAGCAGGCACACCUGGAGCUGCGUACCUUUGAGGAACUGAAGAAACAUGAAGAUGCUGCUAUUCCACGGAGACUGGAGUGUCUGAAGGAAGAUGUGCAGCGACAGCAGGAGAGAGAAAAGGAGCUCCAGCAGAGAUUUGCUGAUUUCAUGUUGGAUAAAGAGACUUUUCAGUCGAAGUAUUAAAGCACAGAGUUCCUUCAUCACUGAUGUAAGGUUUUUCAAGUAUGCAGAUACUUCUCCAGCAGCUUUUGCCAUCAGUUGCAGAAAGCAAACGUAGUCUGCUGUUUGUAUCUCACCCACUUUUUUUCCAUUACUGGACUAUUUCUGAUGCUGUAGGUAUGAAUGGCUUUGUCAAGGAUUUAAAAAAAAAAAAAAAAAAAAAAAAAGAUUGAAA